GUGCGGUGCUGUGCGGUGUUGUGCUGUGUGGUAUUUGUGUGGUAUUUGAGCGGUAUUUGGUGUCUUCGUCCGGAGCUCCCAGCGCUCUGAAAGCAGGAGAGAAGCUCCUUAAGGCGGUAGGAAGGGGAAAACCGUCAGGGCUGGAGGUGUGAGGAGGAGGAAGAAAAGUUAAUCUGUGGCCAUGAUAGAUCCUCUGGAGAACAACUUGUUUGAUCUCCCUGAUUAUGAGAAUACAGAAGAUGAAACAUUUCCACCCCUCCCACCUCCUGCGUCUCCAGGAAGAGCUGAUGUUGAAUGGGCUCAAGCUAAUGGAGAUCUGGAUGGAAACCAGCAGUCAGAAACAAAGGAUUCUUCUGCAGCUGCACGGAAAGCAGUUAAAAGAUCGAUACCUAAACUAGAUGCUCACAGGUUAGUUUCAGAAAGAGGACUUCCUGCCUUAAGACACAUGUUUGACAGUGUGAAGUUCAAGGGUAAAGGGCACGAGGCAGAGGAUCUGAAGAUGCUUCUACGACACAUGGAGCAUUGGGCUCAUAGAUUAUUUCCAAAGUUGCAGUUUGAUGAUUUUAUUGACAAAGUAGAGUCUUUGGGAAACAAAAAGGAGGUUCAGACCUGCCUAAAACGAAUUAGACUCGAUCUUCCUAUUUUACAUGAAGACUUCGCAGCUCAUGAAGGUGGUGGAGGUGGAAGCAAUGGGCUGGAUGCGCCCACCGAAGACGUACAUUCCUUCUCUGGAGAACUCGAUUCUCUCCCGGUUACAACUCUCACUGAAGAGCAGCAGCAGCGAAUCGAGAGGAACAGGCAGCUGGCCUUGGAACGUCGGAAAGCGAAGAUGCAGUUAAACAGCCAGUCCCAGCAUGAUGGGCUCUCUCAUAGUUAUCCUGAAGAGGAGUUUAACAUCCCCGCUGCUCAGGAAAUGAUUGGUGCUUUAGAAGACACUCAAGUUACUGCGGCCAGUGUUGCUGUUACAGAGACUGAAGACACAGAAAAGGAAUUGCAAUGUGCCAGUGAAAAGCAGUGACCAUUCCUCAUGCUUUGAAGGACUUUCUUAAUAGGACCCCAACUCUAGGGGGGUCCUUCAUAGGACGCCAACUCCUACCGCUUGUAUUGAAACAUUGCUGGUUCUUUCCAGUCUGACUCCAGGGGUUUCAGGAAAGCCUUAACUGUUACGUCUGGGGAGCUGGUCACAGCUGUUUUCAUGAAGCUGCAGAUGAAUCGCUCCCUAUGUUGGAAAGCAGAACACUGUUCUUCAGCUGCAGAUGAGACUGUUUUGUUCUCUUACUGACAUUGUUUAGGAAAUGGCUUUCCUGGCCUACUCUGACAUCCUUCAGUUGAUGUCAAACUGAAUUUGACUGAGAUGUUAAGUUUGCGUGCACAUCUUUGAUGCAGGAUACAUGAUAGAGAAUGGUGUUAUACUUGAACAGGAAUCCUGGAUAUUUUUUUAACUCACCAAGUAGUUGUGUGCGUUUCUUAUGAAAUGGAAGUUAUUAAAUUUCAAAAGUCAAACA